UAUUAUUAAAAGAAGUUCGAUUAAAGCAAGAACCAGAAUUAAUAGAAAAAUGUAUAGAUUUUAUUUCGAACAAUACAACAGAAGCAUUAGAUGCUGGGAAUGGUUUCGUUGAUAUUGAUUUGGAAACAUUAAUUUUGUUAUUAGAACAAGACACAUUACAAGCCUUUGAAUCGAAAUUAUUUAAAGAAAUUAUGUUAUGGUCUCGUAUUGAAUGUGAUAGAAAACAAUUACCUGUAACACCAGAAAAUCAACGUUGUGUUUUGGGCCGAGCUCUCACUUUAAUAGAUUUUUCAAUGAUGACAUUAAACGAAUUUGAAAAAGAGCCAGUUCAAAGUCGCUUACUUGGCGAUAAUGAAAUUCAACAUUUUAGGAAGAUAUUAUCAUCAAAUGCAAAUUUUACAGAAAGACCCAGAUGCAGUAUUAGUCCUAUAGAAAAACGUUUAAAAUUUAAUCGUGAAAUGGAAAAAUUUUCGAGAAAUUUUUUACGAGGUUGUUAUUUUAUUAUUAAAAAGACCAUAUUUGUUACUGGAUUUAUUUUACUCAAUUUUUCAAAAUCUAAUGUAGUAGAGUUAGAGUUGUGGAGUCUUACAUCGAAUAAAAAGAACGGUGAGCUUUAUAUCACUGCAAAGCCAACCAACAAUGACACUUCAUCUACAGAUACCUUAUUAACUUUUAUGUUUGACAAACCUUGUAAAUUAACUAAACGCAAUUACGGGAUGAGUAUGAAAUAUGAUGUGUUUGCUGAUGAUAAUCAAAUGCCGAAUUGGAGAUUAUUACCAAAAGGCGUGAUUGAACAUUGUGGGCAUGGGACAACGAUGAUGAAAGAUUAUUUCCAUUGGAGUAUAGACAAUGAUUUUGUUUCUGAAAUUAUAUUUUAUGAAUAAAAACUAUUAUUAAAACUA